UGCACCGAUCCAGACACCAACUCAGACACAGCAGAGCGAGCGCGGAGCUAAACAGCCAGGACCGCCAGCCGAGACCCCCGCAGGGCGGCCGCUGAUCUGGACACGUGUGAGUGCCAUGGCCAUGCAGAGAGGAGUCAUCUUCUUCCUUUGGGUUCUGGUUCUGGCGAGGACGGCCGUGAUUCAGGAUCAGUGUCGGGUCAUAGAGCUGCUAAGUCGUAAACUACGCCUUGAAAAUCGCAUCAUGUACAUGCACGACUACUUCCCAAUAGAUUAUCAGUUGCUUGUGAAGCACGAGGAGAUCCUGGGUUGUCAGAACGUCAGCAACCUGGUGAAUGACGGGAUUACAGUGGACGAGCUGCGCUUCCUGUGGGGCAUUGUCAGUGAGAACGUUCUGCAGAGCGUAUGGAGCAUUCUGCCCCCGAGACAUCCCUCCCGAUCCUACGUCAGUGACCUGAGGAACGUCUUCAAUGUGCUGCACACCGGCGCCCAGCCGGAACUCGGUGACAACAUCAAGGAUGUUCUGGAGCGGCUGUGGACGCCGGGAGACAAAAUGAGGAGUGUCGCUCCGAAGGAUCUGCUGGAUGACUGCCUGCGCGUGCUGGACGUCUUGUACCGGGAGGACUGUGACCUCUGUGUGCCAGGGUCAGCGGUGGAGGACGCCCUCUGUCCUAGUGGGACGGUGCCGGGAAGGUCAGCUGCGCAGAGGCCGUCCUGUUAGAGGAGGUGUGGCCACAUUCAGCGGAGUCCUCCAAUGUGCAGUGAGACGGGUGAUCGGCCUCGCGAGCUCUACCUCAGCCCAACCUCCCAGGAGCCACCAGCGGCUGGCUGCAUGUACGGACUAGAGGCAAAGACCAGGGGCCCCUCAUACCGGACACCCUGCUGCCCCCAGAGUGAUGUCACAGGACACUAAUACUGACAUCACACAUACUCUAAUGGGAAAGCUCCGCCUCAUGUAUGACAUCAUUGUAUGAAGGAUCUACUUACACUGGCAUCAUGGCUUCCGUCCUUACUGGAUCCAUGGCGGAUAUGGCUGAUCUCAUAGGUGUGAACACAGGCAGAGCGCUGAAGUCGCUGACCAAGCGCCUGCCUGAAAUUAUCUGUUUAUUUAUAAGACUUGUCACAAAUUUUAUAUUAAAGUUUUUAUAUUCAA